GGAGAAUGGGCCCAGUGCUUAUUAGAAUAUCCACUGGGACAUUUUUAAUACUAAGAGCAGAAUAAUUCCCUUUUCUCUCCCAUUCCAUGCUCCAUGGGGUUAACCUUGUUGAAGUCUCAGCUUCGAAAUUGUAUUAGUGUGUUUGGCAGGAUUUGGCAUCCAAAGUCAAGGGUGAGAGUUUGCUGAAUUCAGUUCAAGGGCCGUUUUGAAUAGGAACACUCAAUUCAAUCACGGCCUUACGAUGGAAUUUCUGAAGAUCUGUGUGCUUAAGAGGAAUGCAUGCUCCAUGGCUUGCUUUUGGAGAAGUCAUAUUAUACAAAAUCCUUCCAUUAGAAAGAUUUGUACUACUUCCCCAAGGUGUACUGUCAUGCCUGCUUGGGUGAUUGAUAAAUAUGGGAAGAAUGAAGUGCUUCGAUUUACGAAGAACAUGAUGAUACCUAUCAUACACUAUCCAAAUGAAGUCAUUAUAAAAGUUCACGCUGCCAGUGUAAACCCUAUAGAUGUUAAUAUGAGAAGUGGAUAUGGAGCUACAGCUUUAAAUAUGAAACGUGAUCCUUUACACAUUAAAACCAAAGGAGGAGAAUUUCCCUUGACUCUGGGCCGUGAUGUGUCUGGUGUAGUAAUGGAAUGUGGACUUGAUGUGAAAUAUUUCAAACCUGGAGAUGAGGUCUGGGCCGCAGUGCCUCCCUGGAAACAAGGCACUCUCUCAGAGUUUGUUGUUGUUGGUGGGAAUGAGGUCUCCCUCAAGCCCAGAUCACUCACUCACACUCAAGCUGCCUCAUUGCCAUAUGUCGCUCUCACAGCCUGGUCAGCCAUCAACAAGAUUGGUGGCCUGGAUGACAAGAAUUGCCUUGGAAAACGUAUUUUAAUCUUGGGUGCUUCAGGAGGAGUUGGUACUUUUGCUAUUCAGGUACUAAAAGCAUGGAAUGCUCAUGUAACAGCCGUUUGCUCUCAGGAUGCCAGUGAACUUGUAAGGAAGCUUGGGGCAGAUGAUAUAAUUGACUACAGAUCUGGAAAUAUGGAAGAACAGUUGAGCUCUUUAGAGCUGUUUGAUUUUAUCCUUGAUAAUGUUGGUGGAACCACUGAAACUUGGGCUUUAAAGUUUCUCAAGAAAUGGUCAGGAGCCACAUACGUGACAUUGGUGACUCCUUUCCUCCUGAACAUGGACCGAUUGGGCAUAGCGGAUGGCAUGUUGCAGACAGGUGUCACCAUGGGCUCAAAAGCAUUGAAGCAUUUUUGGCAAGGAGUGCAUUAUCGCUGGGCCUUUUUCAUGGCUAGUGGAUCAUAUCUAGAUGACAUUGCAAAGCUUGUGGAUGAGGGGAAGAUUCAGCCAGUUAUCGAGAAAACAUUUCCUUUUUCUCAAGUUCCAGAAGCCUUUCUGAAAAUGGAGAGAGGACAUGCACGUGGAAAAACUGUUAUUAAUGUCAUUUGAAUAAAUGCUUGAUGUUGGUACAUG